UUGCCCACCCCACGGCGUAACGUCACCUACUCGGCGGAGCUCCGGAAGCAUUCCUUGACGCCAAUCUCCAUCCUCUCUCUCCCCAUCUUGGCUCCUUCUUCGAGGAGAGCCGGCCAUGGCGAGUUCCAAACCCUCUCCCGUCGAUCCGGAGCUGGUGAUCUCUCACAAGUUCCCCGAGACUUCAUUCUCCUACACCGAGAGAGAUACGGCGCUCUAUGCCCUUGGAAUUGGAGCUUGCGCUGGAGAUGCAAUGGAUGAGAAGGAGCUCAAGUAUGUUUACCACAGGGACGGGCAGCGAUUCAUUCAGGUUUUGCCAACUUUUGGUGCUCUGUUUCCUUUCCAAAAAAAGAAGGGUACGCUUGAUGACGUGCCUGGCAUGCAAUUUGAUCAGAGGCUUCUAUUGCAUGGCCAGCAAUACAUGGAGAUCUACAGGCCUUUUCCUUCAAGUGGUUGUAUUCUAAACAAAGUAGCAAUCGCGGGCUUGCAUGACAAAGGAAAAGCAACUAUUAUUGAGAUAGAGACUACUAGUUAUAUAAAAGAGUCUGGUGAAGCCCUGUGCAUGAACCGGAGUACCAUCUACUUGCGUGGUGCUGGAGGCUUCUCAAAGUCCUCACCACCGUAUUCAUAUACAACCUAUCCGGCCAAUCAGGUUUCUCGUGUUUCAGUUCCAAAAUACAAACCUUCCAUGGUUUAUGAAGACUGUACCCAUCAAUCCCAGGCCCUAUUGUACAGGCUAUCAGGUGAUUAUAAUCCUCUACAUUCAGAUCCCGUGAUUGCACAGGUUGCUGGAUUCACUCGUCCAAUUCUGCAUGGUUUGUGCACUCUUGGUUUUGCGGUCCGAGCCAUUAUCAAAUCUUUCUGCAACGGGGAACCAACAGCGGUGAAAAGCAUAUUUGGUCGUUUUCUUUUGCACGUAUAUCCAGGAGAAACUCUAGUCACAGAAAUGUGGCUUGAAGGCCCAAGAGUAAUAUAUCAAACUAAGGUGAAGGAACGAAAUCGGGUGGUGCUGUCUGGAUAUGUGCUCCUCAAACACAUCCCCUCAUCCUUGUAAUCCUUGACUUUGCUUAUUGUAACAAAAGCUGGCUGUGGGCUGUGACUUGGUUUUUAGCAGUGACAUACCAUCAGGAGAUGUAGAGCUUGACUGGGAGUUAAAGUGCAAUAAAUAUGAGACCUAGCUCAAUAAGAUCCCAUAUUUAGCUGUUCAAAUCAUCA